GAGGUGCAUCCCGAAGUGUUUGAGCUUGCAUGGAAGACGCACUUGUAGCCCCAGGCGAGGGGCAACGAAAGGGUUCUAUUUCGAUCGAAGGCGCUGCAGAUGCUUUCGCUUGGACACCUCCCAGGUGGAGCUCCUGUGCAAACCUGAGCCGCCCCGUUUCGAGCUUUGAUACCCCUCGUGCAGCAGGUCUUGAAGUGCUCGAAUGGGAAGACGACGGAUGCCAAAGACGUUCUCCAAAGGAGGAGAGCAUCCGGGUGGCUGCGCGCUUUCGGCCACUGGAGAGGCCGGAUUCGCAGGUCAGCUGUGUUCAAUUUGGGCGGGAUGGCCAGACCUGCACUCUGAGAACGCAGAGGACGCAUGGGAUCCAUGAAUUUCCGUUUGCUUAUGACCAUAUUUUCCAGCCGGAAGUGUCCCAAGCCGAUAUUUAUCACACCAUUGCGAAGCCUAUCGUCGAGGGUGUGAUUAAUGGCUUCAAUGGUGCCAUCAUUGCGUAUGGGCAAACUGGAAGUGGCAAGACUCACACCAUGUUUGGCCCAUACGGUGCGCAGGCCUUCGUGGAAGAUAAAGAAAUGGACUUUGAAAGUCUGGGCAUCAUUCCUCGAGCUUUGCAGGAGCUCCUUGAUCAUGCCAAGACUACAGCUCCUGGCCUUGUACAGUUGCGGGCCUCUUACGUUGAAACAUACAACGAAACUGUGAUCGAUUUGUUGUCCCCUUUGCGGGGUGGCGCUGUGGUUGGCGAGCAGGGCUUUCAGUCCGCAGCCAUGUGCGAAAGAGGUGAUGUCCUCUACUUGCCCACGGUGACGGAAACGCCCGUGAGCUCCGUGCAGGAGGCGUUGGAAGUGAUGCGGACGGGCAAUCAAAACCGACACCAGGCUGAAACCAAGAUGAACCGGCACUCCUCUAGAAGCCAUGCCGUUUUCAUCGUGACGGUCACCAACAGAGUGGACCAAGCCAAACAGCGCUUUGCACAGCUCUACUUGGUAGACCUGGCGGGCAGUGAGCGGGUCAUGAAGACGGGAGUGCAAGGGAUGCAGCUGGAGGAGGCCAAGAACAUCAACAAAAGCUUGUUGGCUCUUGGCCAAGUGAUCUGGGCGCUUGCUCACAAGCAGAAGCAUAUCCCGUACAGAGAUUCGAAGUUGACGCAACUCCUGCGCAACUGUCUGGGAGGAAAUGCUCGAACUGCAGUCAUGAUCACUGCCUCCAUGCACCCAGAGAACGCCGGUGAGUCCUUAAGUGCAUUGCGCUUUGGUGCACGAGCAUCUUUGGUUCAAAACCUGGCUCGCCAGAAUGUCGCCGAGAAUGCACAAGAGCUGAAGAGGCUAUUAGACGAAGCACGCCAGGACUUGGCGGAAUUGCGCUCCUGCUGCCGGCGGCUCCAUGCAGAGCUUACAGCAAGUCGCUGCGCAGAGAGCCACGCGAACUCGCCAGGUUGGCUCGCCGAUGGCACGCAGUCUGAUUCCAAUUCCAAGCGCUUGGUGGUGUGGGGUCUGCUGCCUUCGCUGGUGUGUCCCAUCAAUCGAGCUAUCAUGAGGGAUCCGGUCCUAGCUGCAGAUGGCUGGACCUAUGAGCGCCGAGCGUUAGAGAAGCACAUGACACGCGGACAUGGCUUGCCCAAGUCCCCAGUCACUGGCGAGCGCUUCAGCAGUCGGCAGGUGACGUCCAACCUCGUGGUACGACAGCUGGUACGCCAAUAUCUUCCCGAUUUGGGACCCCUAGAGGACCCCUUGCCGCUCAUCCAGCUCUUGCACGUUUGGCAUGUGCAGCUUGUCCUGUCUUUCUUGGAUGCCAAGUCCCUGGGACGCUGCGAAUGUGCCUGGCCCUCUUUCCUGGCAGCAGCGGAUGCCAGCAAGAUUUGGGGGCAGCUGCUUCAAUGCGACUUUAAUGAAGAAUCGGAGACGCCUCGCAGCGCAUACCGUCAACUUGCUUUGGAAGCUUUGAGCAGACCAACGGCAGGCAUGCCUGGUAUGACUCGGGGCCUUAAGCUCUUCAAGCCUCGGGCCAGGAUCCCAUGAGGAUCCGUGCAGCGUGCAGUUUGUAUAGGCUUGUAGGAUUUUGUAGGAUGUAGGACGUGUAGUAUGUAGGAUACAGCUCUUGUCUAAGACGAUUGAGCUGAGACAGCACAGUGUCAGAUUUUCAAUUUUGACUUAGAAUGACACGGUUGUCUGGACAUUCUCUAACGUCUUCCAUGACGUGCUCCUGGGAGAUUCUGUGCAGGUGCCUUCAUUGAUUUUC